AGAGAUAAAGUAAAACGCAUCUCUGCACGCCUUUUUCUCUUUCUGUUCGUUUUGUUUUUCUUGCUGUUGAGAAGAGAAGAGAAUCUACUCCUUCUGGAUCAAUCUUCAUCUCUUUCCAGGGUGAAGGAACUGCAUUAGCUGACCAAGGAACACUCUGGUACCAACCAUGCAUUUCCUUCAACCUUUCAACAUUAUGCUGCUGCUCUUCUUAGGAGCAUCGUUGGCUUUGACUGCUGCUCCGGAGACAAGGAGUUGGGAUACAAAUUCCUGCACGGUGUUGGCUUGUGGAAAUCCAGGACUUGCUGGUUUACCAGGAAGAGAUGGAAGGGAUGGGGCCAAAGGAGAGAAAGGAGAUAUGGGCCUCCAAGUGAAGGGUCAACAAGGAGUCCCUGGCAAGGCUGGUCCUGCAGGACCAAAGGGGAACACAGGAGCCCAAGGCCAGAAAGGACAAAAGGGAGAAAUGUCAGCGGUUGAUACAGUUCAAAGGCAAGUUACUGCUUUGGAAAAGACGGUCCAGACAUUACAAGCUGAAGUUAGCAAAAGCAAAAAAAUCUUCGCAAUGCAGGGCGUGACCACCGUUGGAGGGAAAACCUUCGUUUCAACCGGUCAGAGUGGCAAUUUUGCAAGCGGGAAAGCUCUCUGCAGCAACGCCGGUGGAGCUCUGGCGGUUGCCAAGAAUGUGGCUGAGAACACGGCCUUGGCGGCAAUGGCCAAGAGGAACGGGAAGCACAUAUACCUGGGUAUGAGUGACAUCCAGACGGAAGGCAAGUUCGUGUAUUUGAACGGACAAGCGGUGAGCUACACCAACUGGAAAAGCUCAGAGCCCAACAACUUGAAUGAGGAAGACUGUGUGAUACUCCUCCCAGACACCCAAUGGAAUGAUAUCAGCUGUGAUCACCAAACACUCAUUGUCUGUGAACUUUGAUCUAUCAAGAAUGUUGCAGUUUGUAUUCCCAGGUGCCUCCAUGGAAGAAGACUCAAGUGGUGUCAUUAGUGCUCUUACUACCAUAACACCCUGACACAUCUUUGAUAUCUUUGUGGCUUGCUAUAGAUGUCUGUCCAUGUUCUAGGAGAGGACAGAAUAACUGCAUAAGUGCAUUGAUUUUGUUUUCCAGGCUGAAUAUGUAAUUGUGCUGGGGGGGGGGACACAAUAGAGGUACUGUCUCUGUUUUUCUCCAUGCAUGUUUUGUCUCACAGUAUUUUGUUAUUAUUAUAUUUUUUAAAAGUGUCAUUCCAAGUUUCUGAAUUCUUAGGAAAAGCUGGUUGAUGUUCUGACCUAAGUUUCCUUAGAAAGUAUACAGCACAAACUUAGUCCUGGCAAACCUCUUUUAUUCAUACGGCUAUGAAUUUCUGUCAUUCCCAGUCCGAAAGGCUUCUCAAACAGUCUUUCACAGGAGUGUUUAUAAACACCCACCUUAUCUCCCUUGGAAUGUUGCCAGAGAACUAAUUGCUACAUGCAGGGCAAGGCCAAACUUAGCAGAGUCAAACAGAACUUUUCCAAAGCUUUUACCGACAGAUGAACUAAUUGCUUCCUGCAAAAGCUGACGUCCCAUUUGCUCCUCUUUUAUAUCUUAUGGGAGGGGCCAAUCAUCUCCAAGCCUUACUCCUAAAUUGACCCUGUUUUCUUAAUUGUUCCUGUAUUCUGGCAGCUCUGCACAUGCACACACUGGGAACAGGCUCACGCUGUUCUUCUGCCUUGCUGAUAUCAGACUCCGGAGACUCUGGAGGCAUCAAAGAACUACCAGAUGGCCUUGGCCCCCUCUCUGCCUCCGACUCAGAGCCAUCGUCAGAGUCUUCCCCUGGCUCCAGGACUGACCCAUGUUCCUCCCCAACCUCCUCACUGUCGAAUCUGCUGCCAGCUCUGCUGGCCACUGGUGGGCCACAACAGUUGAGCAGAACAAAAGAAAGAGCAAAUUGUGGAAUCAAUAGUCCUCUCCUUAAAUCUGAAGAUUGGUUGGUAACAUCUUCAGUUGUUCUGUUCAGAUCAAGCUUUGAAAAGGCCUCCAAAAUUCUGAGAAAUAGAACACAGAAUAACAGAGUUGGAAGGGACCUCAGAGGUUUUCUAGUCCACCCUUCCCCGACCUUUCUGGGUUGGCUGCCCAGUGGGUGGAGGGGGGAGAGGUGAUGGUUUUAUGUGAGAAACAGUCACACUUAUGUGCGUGUGCACACACAGCUUCAUUUGUGUGAGUGAUAUGUAUGCCUACCUGCUGUGAGCAUGAAUGGGGCUACAAGUGCCAGUGAGCACCGCUAAUGUGAGCAGAGUGCAAGCAACCCACCUGUUGUGACCCAGGUUCCUGGACCCGGACUCCUGGACUCGGAUGAUUCAGAAAGUGAUGGAGAAGACCUGGCAAGCCCUGCUUCUCUUGGGCCCUCUCCCUCCCUGGCACCCACUCAAAGGGAGGAGGAGGGGCUGGCAAGGCCUGAUUCGCUCGAGCCUUCUUCUGAUUUGGCAACGCCCCAAGAACAGUUUUGGAGUGAUGCAAGACUGCGCAGAUGUGACCGCGCGCAGCAGAAAAAGCGUUGGGAUACAGCCAAAGAAUGAUGGUCAUGCAGUGACAUCUGCAGAGACUAUAAAUAGGAGGCAGGACUUCCUGGUUUUUUGUCUUGGACAAAGCAAUGAAUUUGCGCGGACAAACUGUAUCAAUGGAGGGAAGAAUAUAUUUGUGAGUAAUUUUGGCCUUAUCUAUAAUUUCCUCGUUAUCUCCAGAAGCUUGGCAGGCCCAUGGGUAGACGUGGCCAGGACAUUUAUUUAUGUAAAUAAAAUAGAAGAAGAGGCCUCUGACUGACUCUUUGUUGGGAGUAUUGGGGGAGGGAAACAGAACACCACCACUCACAUAGCCCGGUUGCGAAUAGGCCGUGGCCAGGUAGUGGGACCCCUGUUGCAGUCCAACCACCUGCUCAAGCAGGAGACCAGAUUCCAUUCCAGACAGAUGGCUGUCCAGUCUCUUCUUAAAAGCCUCCAGUGAUGGAGCAUCCACAACUUCUGGAGGCAAGGUGUUCUACUGGUUAACUGGUAAACAGGCUCAAGCUCAAUCCCUCCAAGACGGAGUGGCUGUGGAUGCCGGCAUCCCGGUACAGUCAGCUGCAGCCUCGGCUGACUGUUGGGGGCGAGUCAUUGGCCCCAAUGGAGAGGGUACGCAACUUGGGCGUUCUCCUGGAUGGACGGCUGUCUUUUGAAGAUCACUUGACGGCCGUCUCCAGGAGAGCCUUUCACCAGGUCCGCCUGGUCCGCCAGUUGCGUCCCUUUCUGGACCGGGAUGCCUUAUGCACGGUCACUCAUGCUCUCGUGACAUCUCGCCUGGACUACUGCAAUGCUCUCUACAUGGGGCUCCCCUUGAGGAGCACCCGGAGACUCCAGUUAGUUCAGAAUGCGGCUGCGCGGGUCAUAGAGGGAGCCCCUCGUGGCUCCCAUGUAACACCCCUCCUGCGCAGACUGGCUACCUGUGGUUUUCCGGGUGCGCUUCAAGGUUUUGGUAAUGAUCUUCAAAGCGCUCCAUGGCAUAGGUCCGGGUUACUUACGGGACCGUCUACUGCCACCGAAUGCCUCCCACCGGCCCGUGCGCUCUCACAGGGAGGGACUCCUCAGGGUGCCGUCGGCCAGGCAGUGCCGACUGGCGACGCCCAGGGGAAGGGCCUUUUCUGUGGGGGCUCCCACCCUCUGGAAUGAGCUUCCCCCAGGACUUCGUCAACUUCCUGACCUUCGGACCUUCCGCCGCGAGCUCAAGACACAUCUAUUUAUUUGCGCAGGACUGGACUAGAUUUUUAAAAUUUUUUAAAAUUUUAAAUGUCUAAAUUUUAGAUUUGGUUUUAAAUUGGGUUUUAUUGUUUAUAUGUCUAUUUUAAAUUUUGGCCUAUAUAAUAAGUUUUUUAGAUGAAUGUUUUACUUUGUAUAUUUAUGUGAUUUUAUAUGGCUGAGUCCCUAGGGAGAUAGGGUGGUAUAAAAGUAUGAAUAAAUAAUAAUAAAAAAUAAUAAUAACUGUU